AUGAGCGCGACGGAAAGCGGUCGUGCGAUCCUGAUCAAGGGUCCGACGCUCAAUUCCAAGGUCUUUCUGACCUCUUUACCCGAUCGUCUUGACGAUCUCUUGACCAAAGCGCGAGAGCUUUUUCACGUCCCUGCCGAGUGUACGCCGCAGCUCUAUGUGGCAUGCCAAUCCUCGGUAGGCACGGCGAAUAGCGAGCAGCGUGGUGCGAUCCUUCUUCCGGACGCCUUGCCUUUUCUGCGCGACCGCGAGCUGCUGACUCUUCGCUGGGCUCCGACAGACUCCUCGCGGCGCGAGGCGAACGCGCGCGUCCAAUGGGACCCCAAGCUCCCCGCCCAGGAGCCGAUCGGCACGCCCCGUCCCGGCACCAUGCCUAUUUGGCGUGGCCCCCAGGCGCGUGCCGCUCAUGCUGCGCGUGUGCUGGAGCGCGAGCGCAACCAAGCCACGGAAGAGUGGACGGACCAGCUCCGCAAGCCCCUGCGCUCUGAUGCCGCCGUCUUUAACAAAGCGCGUAUGGAGUCGCGUGAACCGAUGUCUCCUCCCCCCAGCUCGCCUACGGCCUCGCCUGAACAAGCCGUCCCCGAGCUGAGUCGUGCCGAGGUACCGCUUUCUCCGACCCCCCACCGUUCGGCGAAUGCUACGCUGAAGCCGCUUGUGUGGAAGAAUCAAGAAGAGCCUCUGACACCCCCCCGUGGCUCUGCGUCUCCUGCACUUAGUGACACCCCUCCCAGUCUUUCUGGCUUUGGCGCGUGGUGUGCGCGUCUGAAUCCCUUUUCGCGCAACACGCCUCAAAAAGAGCCCGAGGCACCUGCACCCGCAGCGCCUGUCCGCGGCCCCACCAAGACCGAGACCCGUUCCUUUUAUGCGCCGAAAGUGCGCGCGAAGCCGAUGCUAGUUCCGGAUGUGGCCCAUGUCCAAGGUCCUGCUGCCUAUGACAUUAUUACCCAAGUCCUUGCUGCGAUCCGUGAGCAUCCCUGUGCGAUGCACUUCCGUGCGCCAAUGUCGGAUGAGCUUCGCAAGUUCAGUGAGCGUCGCGGGCGUGUCACUGAUCUUGCUGCGAUGGGCGCGCGUGCGGCCAAGCGUGACUAUGGCGGUGUGCCCUUGACGCGCUUUGCUGAAGAGCUUGCGCAGUACCUGGACCACCUUGUUCUUUUCUAUGGCGAGCACAGCACGCAGGCUCAUGCUGCUACGGGCCUAGGCAAGUUCGCCGAGACGCUCCUCAAAGAGCUGUCCAAGAAGCCAGUCCGUCGUGACAGCGAUGAUAAGAAGAAAGAGUCGCUCUCUGUUCCGACCAAGCCCAGUCCCAGCAAGCCUGCUGUGGUCCAGCUGGAAGGCAAAGAAGUGUCCAAGCCCCCUUCGAGCAAAGACGCGAGCCGCCGUAUGGAAGUCAAGGCGGACAAUGCGACUCUCCCCGCUGCGGACCGUGAGCCGAAAGCCAAGCCCGCAUCGGCCACCCCGCCCACCUCCCACGUUCCUUUGGCGUCGGGCGAGACUUCCAAGGCGGAUGCUGCGCCGGCGAAGCGUGCUCCCAAGCGCAUUGCCGCGCCCACCGAGCAGCCUGUGGCCAAGCGCACCCGCCGCUCGACGCGCGUUUAG